UGUAUCUGUACAGCUGUUAUAUUUUCAUGUAACUUUCGACGGUCAUAUGCUGUCUGUCCUGGCGGCAGUGAAAGUCUCUCGUGCAUUUCAUGUAGUUACACAGCUGAGGCGUCUCCUGAGCUGAAGAAUCAUGUGGCGUUGCUGGCCUCUGCCCCGCUCAGUCAUGAGGUUGUCGCUCUGUCAUGUCAUGGUUGUAUGUCUGUUCGGCUCAUCAGUCUACACAAUACUGAGUCACCAGGGCCUAGGCAGAAUAUUGAGAACUUUGCAGCGGCAGGAUUUCGACCUCGGGUUGGCCGGAGCGAAGUACGCGCCCACCUGGGACUCUCUGGACUCGCGCCCGCUGCCCGCUUGGUACGACGCGGCCAAAGUGGGCAUCUUCAUCCACUGGGGAGUUUUCUCCGUGCCAUCUUUCGGUUCUGAGUGGUUCUGGAAAUCCUGGCAUGAUAAUAAAAGCAAAUACGUAGAUUUCAUGAGGACGAACUACCGUCCGGGCUUCACGUACGCGGACUUCGCGCCGGAAUUCACGGCCGAGUUCUUCGAGCCCGACGAGUGGGCGAGAUUGUUCAACGCCUCGGGCGCUCGCUACGUCGUCCUCACCAGCAAGCACCACGAGGGCUUCACCCUGUGGCCCUCGCGCUACUCCUGGAACUGGAACAGCCUCGACGUCGGACCCAAGAGGGACCUCGUAGGUGACCUCGCCCAGGCCAUCAGGACCAAGACGCCGCACAUCCACUUCGGCCUGUACCACUCCAUGUACGAGUGGUUCCACACCAUGUACCUCGAGGACAAAGCGAGGGGCUUCCAGACACAGGAUUUCGUCAGGGCAAAGACACUUCCUGAACUUUAUGAGCUGGUGAACAUUUACAAGCCUGAAGUCCUCUGGUCUGACGGCGACUGGGAAGCCCCCGACUCGUACUGGAACUCAACGCACUUCCUGGCCUGGCUCUUUAACGAGUCUCCAGUGAAGGACAGCGUGGUGGUGAACGACAGGUGGGGCAAAGGUGUCGUUUGCAAUCACGGGUCCUACUAUACCUGCAGCGACCGAUAUAAUCCAGGUAAGCUCCAGAACCACAAGUGGGAGAACUGCAUGACGCUGGACAAGGUCUCUUGGGGCUUCCGCCGAAAUGCUCCUCUUCGAAACUACCUCACCAUCCAAGAACUCCUCGCCACCUUGGCAGAAACCAUCAGCUGCGGAGGUAACUUGCUCGUUAACGUCGGCCCCACGCACGACGGCCAUAUUCCCGCCAUCAUGGAGGAGCGCCUUCGGCAACUCGGCUCGUGGCUCGACGUCAACGGCCAGGCUGUGUACGAGUCGACUCCCUGGAUCCACCAAAGCGACGCUGUGACGCCGGGCGUGUGGUACACAGCUAAAGGCAACGACGUCUACGCCUUCGUGCUGCGAUGGCCCGAGGACGGGGUGGCCAUUCUGGGCUCCGUCCUGCCCACCUCAGGCACCAAGGUGUACAUGCUCGGUCAUGUCGAGAAGCUGAAACCACUGAAGUUCACCAAGACAGACAAGGGUCAGCUGACGGUGAUGCUGCCGCCGAUGCAACAGGUCAGAGGGCAGUGGGUUUGGGUCCUCCUGCUCUCGGACAUCCUGCCAGCCUAGGUCACCUGAGGUCAUCUUGGGUCAUCCACGACGCCGGGUUUUCAUCGGAGGUCUCAGUUGAUGUAGUUGUAGUGGUAUAUUGUUUAUAAAGUUAUUAUUAUCUUCAUUAUUGUUAUUAUUUGUAUCGUUGUUAUUAUAAUUAUUAUCAUCAUUAUUAUUAUCAUUAUCAUUAUUAGCAUUAUUAUUAUUAGCAUUAUUAU